AUGAGUCUUUUUGUCCUAAUCCUCCUUCUUCUUCAUUCUUCUUCUUCUUUCUUCUUCUUCUUCUUCUUCUUCUUCUUCCCGCCUCUACUACUUCCUCCUCCUCCUCCUCCUUUUUCUUCUUCUUCUUCUUCUUCUUCUUCUUCUUCUACUACUUCUUCUUCUUUCGUCCUCUUCUUUUUCUUCUUUCUCCUUCUCCUCCCUUUUCUUUUUUCUUCUUCUUUUCUUUCUCCCCCUUCUUCCUUUCAUUUUUUUUCUUCUUUCUUCUUCUUCUUCUUCUUCUUUCUCUUCUUUCUUUUUUGGACUUCUUUCUCCUUCUCCCUUCCUUUCCUUUUUCUUUUUUUCCUCCUCCUCCUUUUUUUUCUUCUUCUUUUUUUCCCCUCCCUUCUUUCAUUUUCCCUCUUCCACUUUCCUUUUUUUUUUUCGUUUUCAUUCUCUCUUUUUCUUUGGUCUGCAUAUUUCUAUUAUUUGCUUCUUUAUUUUUCCUUCGUGUUUAUUCGCUUUUUUUUCUUUCUUUAG